AUGUCUCCACCAGUUUGUUGGUUUUUGUUCUCAUCUAGGAGUAAAGCGGCCUCCUUUAUCCGAAACGUUGGAGUUGUUCAUAGCCACACUAGCGCUCGUUCAGUUCCACUGCAGUGCGGUUGCGCCGCCACGGCCAGCGGAAUGAGCCCGGAAUCAGCAGCCGCGGCGGCGGCCACGGCCGUGGCGCAGCCGCAAGUUCUACUCGUCUCCAGCCCUUUCCAGAGCCACGUCAACCCCCUCCUGCGCCUCGGCCGCCGCCUCGCCGCCAAGGGCCUUCGCGUCACCUUCACUACGGCGCUCCGCGACGGCAUCCGUUUGUCGUUGGACGAUGGCGACGGCGUCGGCGUCGGGGGUGGGGUGCUCCGUGUCGAGCGCCUCCGCGGUGGUGGGAUGUGGGAGCCCGACGAUCCACGGCUCCGCGUCCCUGGGGACACGGCGCGCCACGUCGAGGCCACCGGGCCAGCGGCGCUUAAGGAGCUCAUCCGCCGGGAGGCCGAGGCCGGGCGGCCGGUCGCGUGCGUCGUGGCCAACGCCUUCGUCUCCUGGGCGAUCCGCGUCGCCGGCGACAUGGGGCUCCCGUGCGCCAUACUGUGGAUACAGUCGUGCGCCGUGCUGUCCGUGUACUACCACUACGUCUACUCUCUCGCGGCCUUCCCGUCCGGCGACGAGGCGGACUCUUCCUGUGCCGUGGUCAUCCCCGGGCUCCCGGAGCUGGCCAUGGACGAGCUACGGCCACUCCUGAUUUACGCUUCUGGCCAGGAUAUGUGGCGCCAGAUGCUCGUCGGGGAUCUCGGCAGCAUGACAGAGAAGGCGCCAUGGGUUUUCGUGAACACGUUCGACGAGCUCGAGCACGAGGCCAUCGCGGGGCUCUGCAAGCAUAUACCGCUUGUACUGGUCGGUCCACUCAUCGAUCCAGACGAUGGCAAUGUCGAGGGCUCAUCCACGGCCGACGUCGACGUCGACGACGGUUGCACCGCUUGGCUGGAUGCUCAGCCGCGGAGGUCAGUGGUGUUCGUGGCUUUCGGGAGCCUCGUGGACAUCGGCCACGACGAGGUGGUCGAGAUAGCGGAGGGGCUGGCCAGCACCGGCCGCCCGUUCCUGUGGGUGCUGCGCGACGGCAACCGCGCGCUCCUCCCCGAGGACGCCCUCGACGGCGUCCUGCAGGCUGCCGCCUGCGGCGACCGGGGCAAGGUGGUGCCGUGGUGCGCGCAGGGGCGCGUGCUCGCGCACGGCGCGGUGGGCUGCUUCGUGACGCACUGCGGGUGGAACUCCGCCGCCGAGGCGCUCGCUGCGGGCGUGCCGAUGGUCGCCUCACCGAGGUGGUCCGACCAGCGCAUCAACACGCGGUUCGUCGUGGACGUCUACCGGGUGGGCGUCCGCGCCCCGACGCCGCUGACGAGGGAGGCGCUCCGCGUGUUCAUCGAGGAGGUCACGUCGGGCCCGGAGGCGGAGGCGAUGGCGGCGCGCGCGGCGACCCUGGGGGAUAAGGCGCGCGCCGCCGUGGCUCAUGGCGGCUCGUCGGACCGCGGAGUCCAGGCGUUCGUUGACCGGAUAGCGUCCGGCGGAGCCGAGCCGUGACUUGCUCGGAUCACGUCGCCUUGCGCGGUUCGGGCGCGUAGCAGCGGGGCGGCGCUGCAUAAUUUUACUUCAGCCUGGUCAACUCGCAAGUUCAAUGGGUCACUUGAUUCCCUCUUAAAUAAGCGUGUAAUGAAACUAUAUAAAAAAACGAAUUCUUCGUUUUCCGUAU